AUGGUAAAAUGUUCAUCUUCAUGUCUUGCUUCAUAUAUUCGCUUACACUUCUUUGUUUCAGGAUCGAUUUCUCGUGAUGAACUUCGUUUUCUAUGCUAUGAUCUGGGCUAUUACCUUUCUGAUAAUGAAAUAGCUUGGGCAUUGACAAUAAUCGAUAAGGAUGGCAGCGGAAAGAUUGAUUACAACGAAUUCACCAAAUGGUGGAAAACUUCAUCUCGUUUCGAAUAUUUGAAAAUGCCGAACGAACAGCAAGAACGUCUUCUUGGUCGAGUUGUCGAAAUUUUUCGUUCACAUGAUAAAACUAAUACAGGGAGUCUUGAUCGAUCUCAGUUCACUACUAUGAUACAAGACCUUAUUGAGGAAGGUAUUCUAAAUGGUAGCGGACAUCUAGCAUCUGAAUUUGAAGAAAUCGAUCAUAGUCAUGAUGAACGAAUCAAUAUCAAUGAACUAAUCGCCUGGCUAAAAAAUGUCGGCGUACUCGGCAAUUAA